GUGGAAUGUCACAGUCCGUGGGUAUCACAGUCUGUGGAAUGUCACAGUCCGUGGAAUGUCACAGUCUGUGGAAUGUCACAGUCUGUGGGUGUCACAGUCUGUGGGUGUCACAGUCCGUGGGUGUCACAGUUCGUGGAAUGUCACAGUCCCUGGAAUGUCACAGUCUGUGGGUGUCACAGUCCCUGGAAUGUCACAGUCCCUGGAAUGUCACAGUCCGUGGGUGUCACAGUCCCUGGAAUGUCACAGUCCCUGGAAUGUCACAGUCCGUGGGUGUCACAGAAGCUGGAAUGUCACAGUCUGUGGGUGUCACAGUCCCUGGAAUGUCUCAGUCCGUGGGUGUCACAGAAGCUGGAAUGUCACAGUCUGUGGGUGUCACAGUCCGUGGAAUGUCACAGUCCGUGGAAUGUCACAGUCUGUGGGUGUCACAGUCUGUGGGUGUCACAGUCUUUGCGCGUCACAGUCCGUGGGUGUCACAGUCCCUGGAAUGUCACAGUCCCUGGAAUGUCACAGUCCCUGGAAUGUCACAAUCCGUGGGUGUCACCGUCCGUGGAAUGUCACAGUCUGUGGGUGUCAAUGCCCCUGGAAUGUCACAGUCUGUGGAAUGUCACAGUCCCAGGAAUAUCAUAGUCCGUGGGUGUCACAGCCCGUGGGUGUCACAGUCCCUGGAAUGUCACAGUCCGUGGGUGUCACAGUCCGUGGGUGUCACAGUCCAUGGAAUGUCACAGUCCCUGGAAUGUCACAGUCUGUGGAAUGUCACAGUCCCUGGAAUGUCACAGUCUGUACAAUGUCACAGUCCGUGGAAUGUCUCAGUCUGUGGAAUGUCUCAGUCCCUGAAAUGUCACAAUCCAUGGAAUGUCACAGUCCGUGGGUGUCACAGUCCGUGGGUGUCACAGUCCGUGGGUGUCACAUCCGUGGGUGUCACAAUCCGUGGCUGUCACAGUCUCUGGACUGUCACAGUCUGUGGAAUGUCUCAGUCCGUGGAAUGUCAGAGUCCCUGGAAUGUCUCAAAGGCACGAAUGGAGAAGCUGCUCAGAGACAAAGUUUGCAGCCCUUAA